UUUUCAGUCAUGUCAAUGUCACCUCAAUUGCGCCUGAAUUGAAUACACUUGUGGUGAGUAAAUAGCGUGAUUUUCAUUUGAUGAGUAAAUUUACUUCGAGCAAUUACCUUUGAAUAAGUCAUCACGCACCUAAUGCCAGUCAACAGAAUAAAGAGUUAUGACGCUUGAGCGACUCCUCCAAGUGUUUCAAUUAUUAGAUAACCGAUACCGCGCCAACUGAUUGAAAUUCAGCGGAGCUUCGCCCCAAAGUGGUGUCACAACGCCGGCCUUCGGCAAAAAUACUUAAACCCCCUUGCCUCCAAACCAACCUCAGUCCGGCCCAGCUCUAUAAUGGUGCAGGCCCGAACGGCCGACCUGGUGCUAACAGCGCGCGAUGCCUUCAACAAAGGCUUCACCAAGAACAUGCGCUACCGCGUCAAAAACCUCAAGAACUUCAUCAAGUUCCUGGAGGAGAACGAGACCGCGAUCGUGGAGGCAAUGUCCGACGACCUCCGCAAGCACCGGGAGGAGGCCCGCCUUGAGGUCUUCGUGGCCAUAAACCACCUCAAGUACCUCAUCGACAACGUGCGCACGUGGUCGGAGCCCGACCUGGCGGCCAAGCGCUGGACCGACCUCCUGGACGGCCUGUACAUCUACCACGACCCCUUGGGGGUGGUCCUGGUCAUGGGGGCGUGGAACGUCCCGCUGUUGACCCUCGUUCCGGUCACAGGCGCCAUGGCCGCCGGCAACUGCGUGGUGAUCAAGCCGUCGCACACUUGCCCCAGCUUUGGCAAAACGCUGGCCCGGCUUUUGCCCAAAUACAUCGACCCCAUUUGCUACCCCGUCUUCCUGGGCGGGGUCGAGGAGACGAACGAGUUGCUGGAGCAGCGAUUUGACUAUAUUUACUACACAGGGGGUGCGACCGUGGGCAAAAUCGUGCACAGGGCGGCCAAUAAAUACUUGACCCCCAUAACUUUGGAACUAGGGGGGAAGAACCCGGUUUUUGUCGAUGCGAGUGCCGAUUUGGAACUGACAGCGACUCGGGUCAUGUGGGGCAAGUGUUUCAACUCGGGCCAGGCGUGCAUCGCCCCUGAUUACGUCCUGUGUACGAAACAGGUCGAGAAGGAAUUUAUCCAACACGCCCGAAGUGCUUUGACCAAAUUUUUCAACAAUGACCCUAGGUGUUGCCCCAUCGUCAAUGAUUUUCACUUCAGAAGGCUUCAGAAAUUGCUCAGGGGGCUCAAUGUGGUGAUCGGGGGGCGCGUGGACCCCCUGGACAAUUACAUAGAGCCGACGGUUGUCACAGGGGUAACUCCAGCCGACCCCAUCAUGCAAGAGGAAAUUUUCGGACCAAUCUUGCCAAUUAUCACAGUUAGUGAUUUUAAGGACGCUGUGAAUUUUAUCAACAAGGGCGAAAAACCCCUAGCUUUGUAUGUUUUUACGAAAAAUGCCGUGGUUAGGGAUUAUAUCAUCGAUAAUACUUCUUCGGGUGGUGUUACAGUCAAUGACACGCUCAUGCAUUUGAUUGUUGAGAGUUUGCCGUUUGGAGGAGUGGGUUUGAGUGGAAUGGGGUGUUAUAAAGGAAAGGAUAGUUUCGAUACGUUUGUUCAUAAGAAAAGUGUGUUGGUGAAAAAUUUUAGCAGGAUUAUCGAGAAGGUGAAUGAAAUGAGGUAUCCGCCGUAUUCCAGUCGGAAAACUGAUAUUUUGGCGUUUUUGCUGAAGUACAGGAGAGGGCUGUCCUGGAUCUGGGUGUUUUAUUUCUCGGUUUUUUUGAUCGGGUUUCUUGUAGGUUUUCUAUUUUUUAAUUAUUUUGCCCUAGUUCACUAUAUGAAAUAAUACUUACUGUAGAAAAGUAUAUUAUCUAAAAUAAAGCGAUGUUUUUUGUUUUUUAUACUA